GCUGGGAAGCGGCUCCUUCUCCGCAGCCGGAGGCCGCCGCAGAACCCGCUGCGGGGAUGUGCCAUUGCCAUGGCGAGGAGGCUCUUCCCGGGGGCCUGGCUCAGGAAGCCCUACUACGGCCAGGUUCGCUUCUCUUAUAUGAGAAUGAAGUAUCUUUUCUUCUCAUGGCUAGGAGUAUUUAUUGGCAGCUGGAUUAUUUAUGUUCAGUACUCAUCUUACACAGAACUUUGCAGAGGGCAUGACUGCAAGAAAAUAAUAUGUGAUAAAUAUAAGACUGGAGUUAUUGAUGGAUCAGCUUGCAGUAGUCUUUGUACAAGACAAACUCUGUAUUUUGGAAAAUGUUUGUCAACCAAACCUAAUAACCAGAUGUACCUGGGAGUCUGGGGUAAUCUACAAGGUGUUAUAAAAUGCCAGAUGGAAGAAAUUGCUCACAUUAAUCUCAGAACUGAACUGGAACCAAGGAAGGAAACCGUACUAUUUGAUAAACCAACUAGAGGAACGACAGUUCAGAAAUUCAAAGAGAUGGUCUAUGGGCUUUUUAAGGCAAAACUAGGUGAGCAGGGAAACCUUCCCGAUUUGGUUAAUCUCAUCUUGUCUGUUGCUGAUGGAAACAAAGAUGGCAGAGUUUCCUUGCCGGAAGCAAAGUCAGCCUGGGCCCUACUUCAGUUAAAUGAAUUUCUGCUAAUGGUAAUACUUCAGGAUAAAGAACAUACCCCCAAAUUAUUGGGCUUCUGUGGGGAUCUUUAUGUGAUGGAAAAAGUUGAAUAUACCUCUCUCUUUGGAAUAAGCCUUCCAUGGAUCAUAGAACUUUUCAUUCCCUCUGGUUUCAGAAGAAACAUAGACCAGUGGUUUACUCCAUCAUGGCCAAGAAAGGCAAAAAUAGCCAUAGGGCUUCUAGAAUUUGUGGAAGACAUUUUCCAUGGACCAUAUGGGAAUUUUCUUAUGUGUGAUACGAGUGCCAAAAACUUGGGUUAUAAUGACAAAUAUGACUUGAAAAUGGUGGAUAUGAGAAAAAUAGUGCCAGAAAUGAACUUGAAAGAACUGAUUAAAGAUCGUCACUGUGAGUCUGACUUGGAUUGUGUGUAUGGAUCAGACUGUAGGACUGUGUGUGACCAAAGUAAAAUGAAAUGUACCACAGAAAUAAUUCAGCCAAAUUUAGCAAAGGUGUGCCAUUUACUUAAGGACUACUUGCUUCGUGGGGCUCCUUUGGAAAUACAUGAGGAGCUAGAGAAACAACUGUACUCUUGCAUUGCCCUGAAAGUCUCGGCUAACCAGAUGGAGAUGGAGCAUUCCUUAAUACUCAACAAUUUAAAAACUUUAUUGUGGAAAAAAAUAUCUCAUACAAAUGAUUCUUAAUUUGUCUCUGAAGGAAACAUGGCUACUGCUGUAGGAACUGACCACGUUGUGAAACACAGCUUCAAUAUGUUUUAAAUAGUCCACUUAGCUUCAUCAAUUUCAUCAGUACUUCUUCAGACACGGCCAUCCCAAUGAUUUUUCCAGCUGGAAAAAUGAAGUGUGUUCUCCAGUAUCUGCUUUGACAGAGGGAACUUGAAGCCAUAUGGCUGCAGCAAUCUCAUGUGGGGAGAAAGAAUGUAGGCUCCAUGUUCUCUUUCUGCCCUUACCCAAAUUAACAUUUUUUACCAUGGG